AUGGAAUGCGAAGCGAAGAGCAGCGCGGCGCCGGGGAAGUUUGUCCCCUGCGCCGCCCCGUCCGUCGCCACGGCAACCGGCGCGCCCGCCAUGGCGGCGCCCAGCGUGUUUCUGCUGGCCGUGAGCGGCGAGAUCGAGAGCGGGGAGUUCCCAGGAUUUGAUGACCUCUACUGCAAGUUCUGCUUCGUCUAUGGCCAGGACUGGGUCCCCACAGCGGGUCUGGAGGAGGGAAUCUCCCAGAUCACCUCCAAGAGCAGCGUCUCCCCCACCACGCUCGUCUGGAACUUCCCCAUCGACAUCACCUUCAAGAGCACCAACCCUUUUGGCUGGCCGCAGAUUGUGCUGAGUGUCUACGGGCCUGACUUCUUUGGCCACGACGUGGUCAGAGGUUACGGAGCUGUGCACGUGCCCUUCGUGCCGGGGAGGCACAAAAGGACCAUUGCUAUGUUCGUCCCAGAGUCCACCUCGAGGCUGCAGCAGUUCACAAGCUGGUUCACAGGGAGACGCCCGGAAUUCACCGACCCCAAAGUGGUGGCACAGGGAGAAGGACGGGAAGUGACCAGGGUGCGAUCCCAAGGCUUUGUGACGAUUUCCUUCAACGUGAUGACCAAAGAUCUGCACAAGCUGGGCUACGACAUUGGCCCCACGGCCCUGCAGAGCCCCUCCCUGGAGCCUGGGGCACAGGGGCUCCACAGGUUCUGAACUCCCCAGGACGUGCUCAGAGCUCAGCACUUUGGGCCUUCUUAGGGAGAGGAGGAGCUGCUUCAGCUCAGUCAUUCCAAAAAAACACCAGCCCAGGAGGAUUUGGGGAAAUUACCGAGCCUGAUCCUCUCAGUAAGGUUGAAGUAUUGUGUAAAUCAACAUUAUCUGAUAACAUUCAGCGUCUUUAGGGAUCAGACUCUCUCAGAGUAAGGCCUGUUACAAAGUAUUUUUAUAGCUUUUGUACACUUUUUUCUAGAAUUAAUGAUGGGGAAAGUUCAGAGCUGUAGCUGUUUCCCUGUGGUUAAAACUUUGCAAACCCAGUUCUUUUUAGUGACUUCUUGGUUUUUUGGUGAUACAAAUGAGGAAUUGAAAUUAUUGCACCUUCCAAAAAUGGUCCUGUGAAAUGCAUCCCCCUCUAAGCUCUUUUAGGCUGAAUAAACUCCGUUGUAUCAAUA